GUUGUUGUCAUGGUUAUACAAACAAAGAACGAUCACGGCGUCAAGCUGUAGCGGACCUCCACUUGCAUAGAGUAAUUUACAGAGUUAGCAGUACACAAACGGUUUACUUCUAGAUUUCAUCGGGCUUGGAGCAUCAUGUCUUACCCACAGUCUCCCAGGAAGGCAGGGAUGCCAAGAGAAGUGUUGAAGUGGCUGCAGAGCCUCGAGCUGUCAGUUUAUCCGAAGAAUGUGCGCAGAGACUUUUCUAACGGUUUCCUUGUGGCAGAGAUAUUGUCUCGUUAUUACCCCCAAGACUUUCCAGUGCAUGCAUAUGACAACGGAGCAUCACUGGCUUCCAAACAGAGGAACUGGAGACAGAUAGAGAGGUCUUUACAGAAGCAGAAUCUGCACUUGAUGAAAGACGUCAUUGAUAGAAGCAUCCACUGCAAACCAGGAGCAGCUGAGCUGUUGGUGCAGGAGGUUUACACUCUUCUAACUAAUCAGAGUAUCAGAGAUGUGCAGGGUCCACAGUCAGACUUCACUGAUGAGGAGUACCAGGAGCUUCUGCCCGCAGUGGCCCGCUCCACAGCCUCCAGAGCAAUCAAGAACAACCUGAGGAUAACGGAGAUCAUGGCCGAGCCUGACAUCAGCACCAACCAGAGGAAGACAGAAGCCAUCCUGCGCAGGCACCUGGAGCACAAGGCUGCAGAGAGGGUUAACAACCCUGGACGAUUUAAAGGGAGAGCUAAUCUGGGUCGGCUGGCAUCCAGAAAUCUUGUGCCAUCAGGCCGCAGAGAUGAGUGCUUUGCCAAAUCUGAAGGCACUACAUCAAAGGUGUGCUCCUCAUCAACAUGCAGAGGAGCUGCUGUUUCCUUUAAGGAGAUAAAGGUGCACCAGCCUGUCAGACAUUCCCUAAUUAACAAUUAAAGGAACUAGAUGGAGAACAUUGCUAAAUGAUUGUACUAUUUUGUGUGUCAUUUAAUAUAUGGAUGUGUUUUUUCAAAAGUUUAGCCUGUUUUGAUUGUUAUACCUCAUACAUUACUGGACUAUAAUUUGUUGCAAAAGACAGAGGGCGUGACUGUCUGUCAUGGUUUAUGUAAUAUCAAGGACUCAACCAGGUUUGGCCUAUGUCAGUUUCUUCCAGUAGGUGGCAGCAUUGAGUUACGAGCAGAGCUUACAUCCACUGCUGUGCCGUAUGUUGACAAAAACAGGAAAUUAAAUGUGCACAUAAUGCUUCUGCUAUUGCAGCAACACUUUUGUCUAUCUUGUUUCUCAUUUAAUUAUUACUAUUCCUUAUUUUUCUAGCCCUUUGUUGAAUAGAUGUCAACACAUAUAUGGACUGUGUCUUUAUCCGGAGUAUUGGUUGAUGAAACACUGACCUUUCGAAGGUGUGGAUGGCUAAAGGCUAAACAUGUUUUAUCUGUGAAUAUGUCUUUAAAAGGCCUGUGGUAACACAAACUGUUUUUAUUAUGUCCAUAUUUAAUUUCUAGGCAAUUUCUUGCGGGCCCAAGGAAUACGAUAAUCCAUUUUAGAUAUUCUCCUUAAGUUUUAACAUAUCACAAUCCCACUGGUGGAAAGUAACUAAAUGCACUUACUCAAGUGCUGUACUUAAAAGGUGCAGUUGAUAACUGAUGGCAUUCAGCCUCUAGAUGGCGCACUCCCCUGCCCUGUCCAUUGCAUUCACAUUUAAACAUAUCAACCAUUUCAUACCUGUUACCAUUUUUGAAAUCAUUUAUUCACAAUCUUAAUAUUUGUAUUUUAGAAAGGGCCAUACUUUUAUUCUAAACAUUUCUAAAAGCUAUGUGGUUUUUAUUGUAUUUUCUAUAAUUGUAAUAUACAAAUGUUAUCAAUGUAACCUUUAUUUAAAUGUGUAAGGUCAUUGUUUGUAACUUAAUGCUUUAUUCAUUUGACAACUUACGAUAGAGUCACUUUGUAGUUAUAGAUUAUUAUCAUAAAAAUAUCAACCAUUAAAUGAAGAUACAUUUUAUUAGAUUAGGCUCCAGCAAAAUAACAAGUGAUUACAAUUAGCCUUACCAGCUGCAACCUUAAAGUGAUUAACACAUUCAUUCAUCAAUCAUUAUAACUCAAUAUUAUAAAUAUAUGAAUAGGACAUUUUACACUCUCAAUGAGAACCUAUAUUUUGGUUACUUUAGGUAUAUUAAGAUGUGUACAAUUACCUAAUUAAAGUUUUGAAAUCAGGACAUUUACUGGGAAAAU